AUGCAAUUCACACCUCUCCUCAUCGCUGUGCUGGCCAGCAGUGCUUCUGCUGCACCACCCGCUGGCUUCGGUCUACCUAGACCCUUUGGCGUAGCUUUCCCUGGCGCUCCUGCAGGUACCCCUACUGAUAUUUUAGCGCAGGAAGCCCCCGCAGAGUUCUUCACCAAGGGAAAGGGUGCGUUCAUCCAGGAAAAGCCAACUCGCAGCGCUUUUGGAGGAUUCCCCGGCGGGUCAUUUCCCACCGGGUUAAAGCCCCCUUUCCCUUCUCUUCCUUCGCCACCAACCGGCAAAAUCGGCGAUACAUUUCCCACCGAAGCCUUCAGUACGAGUCUCCCAAAGAUCACGAUCCCUUCCGGCAAAGGCUUUCCCCCGAUUCCAACUGGCAACGGAGGAUUUGGACUUGGAGGAGGUCCUAAGAUAGGAUUCCCAACCACCUUCAAGACUCUCGCCCGCCCAACUCCAUCCGCUUAG